AUUCAUUAUUCACUCCAAUCUCUAUCUCUCUCGUUUCUCUCUCUCUCUCUCUUGUUCGUUCUCUUUGACCGCCUCGGCGUCGCCAAAAACCCCAAUUUCAGAUUUGACCAGAACCAAACCCACAAAAAAUACCCCGUCAUUUUCCCUCUCUUUUGCACUACUUUAAACCAACAUAACGGCGGCCUUUUUUCUUCUCUGAAGCAUUUCGUCAAACAGACCCCCCUCCCUCUCAUUUUUUUUUAUAUACUCUUCCUCUGUACUAAUCAUGAGUAAACUACUCAUUAAAGGAACCAGCAGAAGCAUUGAUUCUGAUGCCAAUGCGGUCAAGGUCAGUGGUAGUAGUACAAGUAUAACUGUAUCUGGGCCUUCUGGUGGUAGUUCUACUAGUGACUUUGAAUUUGGGGAGAAAGAAGUGGAUUCUGAAGGUGGUUUUGGGAUGAAUAAGAGUGGUAAUGAAGAGGAAGAGGAAGAGUAUUUGGAUAGUGGGAAAAGCAGUUUGAGUUCUGCUAGUUAUUGUACUAGUGAGGAUGUAAAUGAGGCUAGUUUUAGGAAGUAUUGUCCCUCAAAGCCUCAUAAAGGGAAUGAUAUUAGGUGGGAAGCAAUCCAAUUUGUGCUGGCCAGAGAUGGUCAGUUGGGUUUGGGGCAUUUUAGGUUGUUGAAGAAAUUGGGUUUUGGGGAUAUUGGGAGUGUGUAUUUGGCGGAGUUAAGAGGGAUGAAAUGUAUGUUUGCUAUGAAGGUGAUGGAUAAAGGGAUGUUAGCUGGGAGGAAGAAGAUGGCCAGAGCUCAGACUGAGAGGGAAAUCCUGGGAUUGUUGGAUCAUCCGUUUCUGCCGACCCUUUAUUCGCAUUUUGAGACGGAGAAAUUCUCGUGCUUGCUCAUGGAAUUUUGCAGUGGCGGGGAUCUGCAUAUUCUUAGGCAACGUCAACCAGGAAGGCAUCUUACAGAACAAGCGGCAAGGUUUUAUGCUUCAGAAGUGCUCUUAGCUUUGGAAUAUUUGCACAUGAUGGGAGUGGUCUACAGGGAUUUAAAGCCUGAAAACGUUAUGGUUAGGGAAGAUGGUCAUAUUAUGCUCUCCGAUUUCGAUUUAUCAUUAAGAUGCUAUGUUAAUCCAACGCUGGUAAAUUCCGGAAGCGAGACAUCAUGCACCACAAUUUCAUCAUACUGUGUUCAGCCACCAUCAUGCAUUGCUAACCCAUCAUGCAAAUUACCAGUUUGUGUGGAGCCUUCCUGUUUCCAGCCCUCGUGUUUCAAACCUCGACUUUUCAACUCCAAAACAUUGAUGAAAAUGAGGGGAGGAGAAUGCACCAGUACCACUUUGACUAGCAGUAGUACUUCAGAUUCUUCACUCCCGGUACUCAUAGCAGAGCCAACUGCGGCAAGAUCCAUGUCGUUUGUCGGGACACACGAAUACUUAGCCCCUGAAAUCAUCAGGGGAGAUGGUCACGGGAGCGCAGUUGACUGGUGGACAUUUGGCAUUUUCCUGUACGAGUUGAUGCAUGGGAAGACACCCUUUAAAGGCAAUGGGAACAGGGAAACAUUGUUUAACGUUGUAGGGCAGCCAUUAAAGUUCCCGGAGAGCUCAACUGCGAGUUUCGCCGCCAAAGAUUUGAUCAGGGGUUUGCUUGCAAAGGACCCACAAAAGCGAUUAGGAUACAAAAGAGGCGCGGCGGAGAUCAAACAACAUCCAUUUUUUCAGGGUGUGAAUUGGGCACUCAUCCGGAGUACCCCACCUCCAGAAAUCCCUCGACCUGUAAAUUUUGCUGUACCAAAUCAAGCAACACUCAAGUCUUCCUCAUCAUCGGCCACUCAGCCUUCGAGUAAUGACAAAGGAACUUCUGAGUCGGAUAGAUCAUCCGGGCCUUACCUUGACUUUGAAUUUUUCUAACACAAUUUUGACUGCAGAAAAAAAGAGCAGAUGCUUUCUGUUCUUGCAUGUCCUCUCGUUUGCAGGCCAGCAUAAAUUUUCCUAAAAAAAAAAAUUAGUUUGUAUGUAUUUUCAGUGUAAUUUUUCUUUGUUUUGUAUAAGGUUUUUUUUUUUUUUUUUUCCUGCUUUUCCUUGCUGCCCUG